CUACUGAACAAAUAAACUCAUUCCAAUAUUGUAAACAAUCAUCAUACUGACUGACCUCGGAUCUUAUGUACCACCUGUGGCUGUGCAUGAAGAGGAACAACAAAUAGCCUGAAAUAGGGUCCAGGUAGGAGCAUGAAGGAUCUCACCUAGAUGUCAUCUCUGGGACCAUAGACACAUAGCCCCCAUCCACAUGCAACAUGAUCCACCUUAUCCACCCACCAGUAUGAUGUAAUCUUCACCAGACCCUAUCGGCCCUCUCCGCUCACCCACGUGUAGAGUCAGCCGGCCAGCCAGCCACCCCUUUAAUGGACCCCACGAGAAGCCAUGUGCUGCUCUCUCUCUCUCUCCGUCUCUACCUCAUCUCCACACCAUUGCCUUCUCACAUCUCAUCAUCAUGAGAGCAAGAGGCCUAGCAGGCCUGGGAAGCGCAAGGCGGUGAAAGUAUAGGCAGCCGAGCGAGGUUAUUAUCGAACGCUAUAAAAACCACCGUCUGCCGCUCGUUGCAUAUUUCUUACUCAACACUGUGGCGGAUGUAACACAUUACUCUUCUUUCUGUCUCACUUGGGACCUGCCGAUAUGGACUUGUGGAUGAAGUGAAGACGGCAGCGACUAUGAAACUGGUGGAUUAUAUAUUCCUGGAUUACUCAGAAUUGCUGUGUUUCGGGUGAUGAAACCUUAUCUCCAGCAUUCUUCAAGAUUUGUGUGAGCCAAUGUCCCGCCCAAUGUGCCACAUAAGCAAGAAACAGAGACAAGGCCUGAUGGCACUAUCGGUAGUGGCUCUUAUCUUUGCCAUCCUAGCAUGGUACUACGUCACGCAGCACGGUCGCAUGGCCGUGCAACAUGUGGGACCGAUCAAGUUCUACCCGGAAACCCACGAACUGUACAUCGUCAAUAAGACCCAUGAUGUGGUCUUCAAGGCGUGGUUGGGGAACCCCUUGCCCCACCCCAUCUACCCUCUGGACUGCACCCGUCAGUUCCAGACGUCCAACUCCCUCUGCAUCAACUGGGUCGACAUGGAGACACCGAGCAAGGUGGACAAGGAGUAUGCUAGGAUGGAGGUCACCGUCAAGCCGCCGGAAGCCAAUCUCCACUGCAUUACCGUCGAAUGGACGUCCUUCAUGCUUGACUUUGCACCAAUGGAUUGCAUCUCUUUAACAGACGCCCACUGGUUUGGUGGUGCAAGCCUGUACCGCCAACUGUGGCCCUUGGAUGAUACGUCCAUCCCCAUGCAACCAUACCUGAUGAAGGACAUCCUAGUGGAGUCAGAUAGGCACGACGUUUGGGGUUCUGUUCUUGAAAACUAUUGGUUGUCUUCCAAAGGAGUGGCGGUACUUGUAGACGAGGAUGUUCCGCUCCAUGUAAGCUUCAAUCAGGACUUCUCCCAGACGCUGUGUUUGAAGUCGGAGUACCUCGACUCUCCGUACCAGAAUCAACAAGUCAAGUAUCCUCAUCUGAAGUAUACUGUGUGUUACAGUGAAGACAUCAAGUCAGUCCACCAACAGGUAUACAACAGGUGGUUCCCGAAACCUCAAGGCAUUCCUGAUGAGCGGAUGAUUAAGUCCCCUAUAUGGUCAACAUGGGCGCGCUACAAGACUUUUGUCAAUGAAACACAGGUUUUAGAUUUUGCUGAUGAAAUCCUCCAACACAACCUGUCCAACAGCCAGAUUGAAAUAGAUGAUAAGUACACCACGUCCUAUGGAGCCUAUGAUUUCAACCAGACAAAGUUCCCUGAUGCUGCAGGGAUGAUCAGAAAGCUGAAAAAGAAAGGAUUCCGGGUGACGUCUUGGUUUCACCCUUUUACAAACCUAGAGUCUCCAAAUUUUAGAGAAGGUAUCAAUCAUGGAUACUGGGUGAGAGAUGUAAGUAAUUCUGUCCCUGCUCUUGUAAAGUGGUGGCAAGGAGAAGGGGCACUCUUGGAUGUCACAGACAACAGAUCAAGGCAGUGGUACCUCAACAAUCUUCAGUCCAUGCGCUCAGACUACGGUCUAGACUCCUUCAAGUUCGAUGCAGGUGAAGCAGAUUUUUUUCCAGUCCAUUACAACGUGACAUCCCAGGAGUUUUGGAAUCCCAAUGAAUACUGUACCCAGUAUGCUCAACUUGUGUCGGAGCUUGGCGGUAUGAUCGAGGUGAGAUGUGGACACCAGACCCAGAACCUGCCCAUCUUUGUCCGCAUGUUUGACAAGGAGUCCUCGUGGAGCCAUGACAACGGCCUCAGGACGAUGAUCCCUUCUGCUCUAACCCAAGGCAUUCUAGGGUAUCCCUUCAUCUUACCUGACAUGAUCGGUGGAAAUGCGUAUGGAGGAGAUGGUGUCUUUGACAGCACCAACCUGAAGGACUUGCCUGAGAGGGAGCUCUUCAUACGAUGGAUGGAAUUGACGGCCUAUCUUCCAGCCAUGCAGUUCUCCAUCGCGCCCUGGCAGUACAGUGAUGCAGAUGCUGAUGAUGGGGUGUCCAUCGUGGAUCUUUCCAGGGAGAUGAUCCGCAUCCAUGAAGAGGAGGUGACGCCACUUAUUGUCAGAUAUGCUCAGGAGGCACUAUCGGAAGGUUACCCAAUCAUCAGGCCUCUCUGGUGGCUCGACCCGAAGCACGAGGACGCACUCACCUGCGACUCUGAGUUCCUGAUCGGCGAUGCUGUCCUGGUGGCCCCUAUCCUGGAACCUCACUCACGGUCGCGGGACAUCUUCCUGCCCAAGGGUCGCUGGAGGGACACCCUCCGUAGGGACAGGAUCAUCGAGGGGCCACGUUGGCUUCGGGAUUACCCCAUCCAGCUUGAUGAGAUUGCCACGUUUUACAACGUUGAGGAUAAGUGAAAAGAGUGUGUGAAGCUUAAUGGAGUGUGGUGAGGAGGUGAUGCUAGUGGGUUAAGAUUCUUGAUUUCCCUUGGGGUGGAAAUGAACGAUACAAGGUUAAUUAUGGAGAAGGUGAUAGCCAUGUCUUGAUGCAGCCACCCUGAAAUUGCCUGAUGAUUUAAGGAAUGAACUUGAUUCAGAGAUUUGUUAGGAGUUGUGGUGAAGUUGAAGUGUGUUAGUUGCCUUCUUAACCCUUCCGCUACAGAACGUUUGCCUUCUGCACAAAUGGCUGUACCAAAAGCUAAUGGCUUUUAGACUUGUGACUACAGAAGGGUUAGGAAUGGUUAUCAACCUAUCAGCACAAGCAUCAAAUGCACUCAAAGUGAUGCUAAUUUAAACAAGGUUCCAUACUUACUUCUUUUUUUUGGGGGGGGUGGUGUUACAGAGUCAUCAGGGUGAUAUGUUAUGUGUCUGUGAUCAUUUGACCCUGUCAAAAUUUAGACAAUUAUGGGAAAUAUGGGAAUUCUAUUUUUUU